GUAAUAAUGAGCGAUCGUGAAGGUCGAACACCAUUUCACUGCGCAGCUUGGAAAGGAUCCGUUGAGUGUAUGAAAUUUCUUCUCUCAGAAUUUUCUAGAGAAUUUAACAGCGUCGACUGUGAGAAGUCUACACCUUUGCAUUUGGCAGUGGUGGCCAAUUUUGCUGAGAUUGUAUCGUUUCUUCUCGAUCACGGUGCAGUAAUCACAAACAAUGAUGCAGGACAGAAUUGCCUCGACAUUGCCAUUGCCAAAGACUUUGAAGAAUGUGUUUCCGUUUGUGUCAGUCACGAAAGGUGGAAGGAGUUUAUGAAACCACUUGCAAAGAGUAAGAAAAAAUCAGUGUCUCAGCUUGAGAUGUUGGUGCAAAAGAUGCCAGAGCAAGCUGAGGUGAUUAUGGACAAAUGCAUUAGCUCGGAAGAAAAUCAUCAAUUGACGCAAAUCUAUGACUUCAGUUACAUGUUGGGUGUAACGGACGACGAUCCACUACAGCAACCACAAGCCCUACGCAAGCUUCUUCAGACCAUGGUAAACCUGAAGCGGUCAUCAUGCCUGGCCCACCCUUUAUGCGUCGAAUUUCUCAAUACAAUGUGGAGAAAGUUCUUGGCAGUUGUUGUUAUUGCCAACAUUGCUAUAUAUGCCAUCUUCCUGCUCUUACUAAUGACCAUGGCAAUACACUUUUCUGCGUACUCUCCAGACCCUCUUGAACAGGAAGACAGCGUCAAGCGACUAAUUGUUUGUACUAAUAAAAUUGAAAUUCAUUUCAGUAGAAAUCUGUGUUUGUUUGUCUCAGAUGGUUGUCCAACAGGCAGUUGAGCAUAACAGGACAACACUCAGCGACAGUGAAAAGGUGGCUGAGAAAGGACAGGCAGUCUUAUCAUCAAACGACUAGCGGACAAGCUCCAACAACCAUAUGUCAAGAUUACACUAGCGCUACACUGUACCAGUGAACGCACUUUAUACAUUCCAAAUU